AUGCCAGCCCAGGAAACAGAAAAAGGCCAAUCCUCUGUCGAUGUAUCUAUCGCUACUGAGCCGAAUAACAUCGAAGCGGUUCCCACACUACUGAAUCAGAUUACACAAGCUUUUGAUACCUUUACUACUAGCAAUGUAGGCCGAGAAGACUUACUUGCUAAGUGCCGCACCUUGGUUCAAUCCCUGGAGACUCCCCGAGAGACCAUGAUUUAUCACUGUUGGGCACAGACCGGUGCGAUAGCCGGUCUGAAUUUUGGUGUGGACUCAGGACUAUGGACUCUUAUGGCGCAAAACGGCGACAAGCCACAAAAGGUCGGCGAUUUGGCAGCGAAGCUUGGGGCUGACCGUGUACUUCUUAGUCGCCUGAUGCGACACCUUAGUGCCAUGGGGUAUCUCAUCGAGAUUGAUAUCGACGAGUACAGAUUGACCAACUACACGAGGGCGAUGAGCAUUCCCAUGAUCGGUAAUGGCUACCUCGCCAUGCUCUCCUGUACAAGUGCAGGCCCCAUGAGAUUUCAUGAGUUCUCCCGAAAGCGAGGUUGGGUGAAUCCCACGGAUGCCAGAGACACAGCAAUGAUGUACGCCUACGGAACCAGCAUGGAUACUUUUGCGUGGCAACAAUCUUUGGGUUAUGGCACACACUUUAAUGACCACAUGAGCGGUUACGCCCUUGGUCUCUUGCCUUGGAUGGCACCUAGUUUCUAUCCAGUGAAAGAGAGAUUGAUAGAUGGCGCCAAUACUGACCGAGAGGCUCCGUUUCUCGUCGAUAUUGGCGGUAACGUCGGCCAUGACUUGGAGCUAUUUCACAAACAUUAUCCCAGAGUUCCAGGGGAUUUGAUCCUUCAAGAUUUACCGGUGGUCAUAGGCCAAAUUCGGAACCUAGAUCCGGCUAUUCUCCGUAUGGAGUACGACUUCCAUACGAAACAGCCCGUUAAUGGUGCCCGAGCUUAUUAUAUGCAUAAUUGUUUGCACGACUGGCCAGAUGACGUAUGCGAAAACAUCCUUGCACAAGUUAAAGCUGCCAUGAAGCCCGGGUAUAGCAGGCUAUUAAUUCAUGAGCACGUUAUACCGGAGACAGGUGCCUACUGGGAAGCCACAGCACUCGACAUGGUCAUGUUGACACUCCUGUCUGCUCAUGAGCGUACCCAGAUAGCUUGGUAUAACCUCAUUGAAUCGAGGGCAGGUCUGAAUAUCACUAAGAUUUGGAGGGGUGGAAAGGGCUCCCAGAGUUUGAUUGAAUGUGAACUGCGGCUUAGUGGAGUGAAUUAA